GUGGUGCGCGUCCAGCGAACGGAAGUAGCUGUUGGGAGCUUUCGGGCGCUUUAAAUUCCUGCGGGGUGGAGGGCUUUGCUUAAUUGCUGGAGCCUGGCUUCUCCCUCGCAUGGCUGUGGACGUGAAGUCUCGAGCGAAGCGCUAUGAGAAGCUGGAUUUCCUCGGAGAGGGGCAGUUUGCUACUGUCUAUAAGGCCAGAGAUAAGAACACCAACCAGAUUGUCGCCAUUAAGAAAAUCAAACUUGGACACAGAUCAGAAGCUAAAGAUGGUAUAAAUAGAACAGCCUUAAGAGAGAUAAAACUGUUGCAGGAGCUAAGUCAUCCGAAUAUAAUUGGUCUCCUUGAUGCCUUUGGACAUAAAUCGAAUAUUAGUCUUGUCUUUGAUUUUAUGGAAACUGACCUAGAGGUCAUAAUAAAGGAUAAUAGUCUCGUGUUGACACCAUCCCACAUUAAAGCUUACAUCUUGAUGACUCUUCAGGGAUUAGAAUAUUUGCAUCAGCAUUGGAUUCUACACAGGGAUCUGAAACCAAACAACUUGUUGUUAGAUGAGGGUGGAGUUCUGAAACUGGCAGAUUUUGGCUUGGCCAAAUCAUUUGGGAGCCCCAACAGGGCUUACACACAUCAAGUUGUGACCAGAUGGUACCGGGCCCCUGAGUUACUGUUUGGAGCUAGGAUGUAUGGUGUGGGUGUGGACAUGUGGGCUGUGGGCUGUAUAUUAGCAGAAUUGCUUCUAAGGGUUCCUUUUUUGCCUGGGGAUUCAGACCUUGAUCAGCUAACAAGAAUAUUUGAGACUUUGGGUACACCAACUGAAGAGCAGUGGCCUGACAUGUGCAGCCUCCCAGAUUAUGUGACGUUCAAGAGCUUCCCUGGGAUCCCCCUGCAGCACAUCUUCAUUGCAGCCGGAGAUGACUUGCUUGAUCUUAUCCAGGGCUUGUUCUUAUUUAACCCGUGCACCAGAAUUACAGCCUCACAGGCGUUGAAGACUAAGUACUUCAGUAAUCGUCCAGGGCCAACACCCGGAUGCCAGCUUCCAAGACCAAACUGUCCAGUGGAAACAUUAAAGGAACAGUCAAAUCCAACCAUGGCUACAAAACGGAAAAGAACAGAGGCCUUAGAACAAGGAAUAUUGCCCAAGAAGCUAAUUUUUUAGUUGCAGCAAACAAUGGACAGUGUUUCACUCCUGAAAGGAAUAAUACAAAAGGCAAAUAAUGGAAAAAAAUAGGGAACAUUAAAUGCUGUAGAAGAGAACUUGUAAAUAUUUUACACAUGUAAAAUAUGUAAAACUAUGGCUUAUUUUUAUUAAAUGUAUUUUAAAAUAAAAUAUUUGUGAUUUGUGAGUA